AUGGCUUUAUCGUACCUCCCUUCUGACAAGAUCGAACGCAGAUUCCGUCGACUCCAGCAGCAAGCAACUGUCAGACACUUGCAGGAUUUCUGUAGCUACAUCGAAGAGAACUGGAUAACCAGUCAGGCCUUCCCGCCACAGACCUGGAGCGUAUUCCUGGAAGCGGUCAGGACCAAUAACGACUUAGAGGGUUGGCACAAUGGCUUGAACCCGCGCGCCAAAGGACGAUCUCAGCUUCCGUUGUAUAUCCUAAUCCAGGUGCUUCACCGGGAAGCUGCACUGGUCAGCAUGCAAAUCCGUCUGGUUUCAGACAAAAAGCUGAAGAGGCAUCAGCGCUCGACCUACAGGACCUUACAGAGAAGACUCUUUGACCUCUGGAGUGAAUUCGAAAAUGGCAAUAGGAAUUCAAAGGAGCUUCUGGAGGCAUGCGCUCACCUCGUACAACCCAUGUAA